ACAAUUUCACCACCGAGAGUAGCAGUCUCGUUAAAAUUGAUAAAUUCGACCCGAAAGCUGGGUGGGAUUAAAGCGAAGGUGAUUAAGAUAUCGGCCAGGACGCGUCGCACAAUGGCAAAUGUGCAGAUAAAGCGCUCGAUACGCGAAGCCUUCGGGUAAAAGGUUUUGCACUAGGCAUGUGGAAGUCUCGGGAGCGAUUAUCUUUGCUCGUUUUCGGCAAUUCUGGUGCUGAUCCGCGCUCGAAUGUAACGCGAACAGAACAGAGCUGAUUGUGGCGCAUCAGCGAAAAGCGGUUGUGAUUGUGGUUUUGCGUCCUAACAAACGACAUUCUUCGGUGGAACGGAACGAUUGAAAACCCUUCAGAAUGCAUGCCUCCCGCAAGGCACUGAACAUGAUCAAGUAUCUGAUCUUGAUGCUAACGUUCAUGUGUGUUGUGAUUGAAAUAAUUCAAAUCGUCGUUGGUGCGGUGUUACAUCGACUGUUCGCAACCUACACCGUCUUCAUUGACAAUGACUUUGUGCGUGCGACUCACUUCCUGAUAGCGGUCGGUAUCGUGCUAGUGUUCCUAUCCAUUUUCGGCUUUGCUGGUAUUAUUUUCGAAAAUGUGAUAAUGAUAUUUUUGUACGCGGGAAUGUUCAGUUUGGUUGUUAUCCUGGAGAUCAUCCUUGCAUCGGCCGCAUUCUCGAUGUACAACCGGGUGGAUAGCAUGCUUACCCGGCGCAUGAACAUUGGCAUACAGGAGUUUUAUUCCGAUAGGUUUAUGCGUUCCAGCUUCAACCAUAUGCAAACGACGAUGCAUUGCUGCGGUAUUCAAUCGUACGUCGACUGGAGUAACUUUCAUCCUGAUCGAGAGCUACCGAACUCUUGCUGCCGUCGUUUUGAGGACGGUUGUAUGCCCCACGAACGUGGCUGCCAUUCACCGAUGUCUGAUUUUAUAGGCUCUCGCAUCCACAUGAUCGCGACCGGCACGACGAUUAUUAUCGUGUUUCAGGUGGUCUGUAUCAUUACGGCCAUCAUCAUGGGAGCCCGGUUGUCGCUGUACAAGCGGCGACUGAGGGAAGCCGGAAUGAGUCCGGGCCCAGUAACGGCGCCGGAGCCUAUCAUGACCGAGAAACCAAAAUAUUGAGAUUAAAAUGCAAAGCUUUGGAUUGUUGGGCUGCUCUAGCGUUAAGGAUUGGAGGGUAUUAAUAUAAAAUGUUGAGAUAACAAUGGAAUAAAUGAAGCUUUUGCUUGAGUUACAAUAAGUUA